GUCUUAGUCUAGCAGCUCACUAUAUGCUGAUGAAGUUCAAGAGAAGGACUUACUCUAUUGUUCUCUCCCAACAAAAAUCUUGGUGCGAGCCUAGUGAAGACCUAUCAGUCUAUAGGAGGCUUGAUAUUAUCUAUACAUUUAAGAGCAGCCCAAGCAGAGCAGUUGCUAUGGAUACUCACAGACUCAAAGCUGCCAUGAGCAGAGUGCAUGCAGAGCGAGAUGUGCGCAGGGAGUAAAUGACAGACAGAGAGGAGCAGCUAAUGGAUUUACUAACGCAGGAAGUUAUUUCUUAUUUGGGGUUUCGGGCAGUGCUGGGCCGGGCCUUAAAUCUGUCAGAAGCAAUCGGGCCUGGGUAGGGUAGGGUAGGGCCUGAUCUUCGCGGGCAUGUGUUGGGCUUGGGUUUAAAAUUAAUUCCCGUGCAGGGCUCUAACACGGGGGCCCCCAAGGGGUGUGUGCUCAGCCCCCUCCUGUACUCCAUGUUCACCUAUGACUGCUUGGCUAUGUAUGACUUGAACUCAUUCAUCAAGUUAGCUGACGACACGACAGUAGUAGGCCUGUUUACCAACAAGGAUGACAUAGCCUAGAGGGAGGAGGUGAGGGCCCUGGCGGAGUGGUGCCAGAAAAAUAAUCUCUCCCUCAACUUAAAAAAAACUAAGGAGCUUAUCGUAGACUACAUGAGACAGAAGAAGGAGCAAGCCCCCAUCCACAUCGACGGGGCUGCAGCGGAGAGGGUCAAAAGCUUCAAGUUCCUUGGCGUGCACAUCACUGAGGACCUGAAAUGGUCCCUCCACACCAACACCGUGAUGAAGAAGGCACAACAGCGUCUUUACAACAUCAGGCGGGUGAAGAAAUACGGCAUGGCCCCUAAGACCCUCACUAACUUCUACAGAUGCACCAUUGAGAACAUCCUGUCUAGCAACUGCACCACCCUCAACCGAAUGGCUCUACAGAGGGUGGUGCGGUCAGCCCAACGCAUCACCAGGGGAACGCUGCCUGCCAUCCAGGACAUUUACAGCACUCGGUGUCAAAAGAGGGCCAGGAAGAUCAUCAAGGACCUCAGCCACCUGAGCCACGGUUUAUUCACUCACCUACCAUCCAGCAGACAGAGACGGUACAGGUGCAUCAAAGCGGGGACCGAGAGACUGAAAAACAGCUUCUACCUCCAGCCAUCACCCCAUCUCCAGUAAUGGGCGACCAGGAUGUUUAUGACAGAAUGUUUGGGUCCCAGACAGAUGGAGAGAUGGACGAGGAGAAAGAUGGAGAAGGAGAAAGUGAAACGAGGGGGUUGGGGAAAGGCGCUCAGAGUUUCUGCCAGUUCUCGUCCUCUCUGCGUACUGUGGUUCGCAUCAAACAGAAGUACCAGGCCAUGAAGAAACGACGGCUGGAGUUGGCCGGGCUGGGGGGAGGAGGGCUAGUGGUAGGGGCUGGUCUCCACACUGGUGCCCCUGUUCGCAGCAGCCCCAAAAUCUUCACCUUCGAGACCCCCUCCAGCUCUCCCUCUGCCUUAUCGUCGCUCUUCCUAAAGAUGAAGAAGAAGAAGUCGCGGCGGGUCAUGUUCCCCAGUGGAGGGAGGCGCAAGGCCCCCGUCGUACAGGAACACAGCCGAGCAAAGAUCUGCCUCUUCCUCCUCUGCACCAUACUGUUCUUCCAGGUGUAUAAUGCCAUAGAGAACCUUGACGACCAUGUCCUGAAGUAUGACCUGGGGGGAUUAGAGAAGACUCUGUGUAGGGAGGUGUUUGGUCAGCAGGGGGCGAUGGAUGCUCUGUUAGCCCAGCUCAGAGACUACCUCUCUACCUACGUCCACAGUAAACCCCUGGUCCUCUCCUUACACGGACCCAGUGGCGUGGGGAAGAGCCACGUAGGGCGACUCCUGGCUGGCCACUUCCGCUCGGUGGUUGGCGAGCCCCUGGUUCUACAGUACUUUGUGUUGCACCACUGCCCCCUGGAGGACGACGCCUGGCGCUGCGCCCGAGCCCUGUCGAUCUUAGUGUCGGAGACAGUGCUGAGAGCAGAGGAGGAGGAGAAAAUUCCUCUAUUCAUCUUUGACGAAGCAGAGCACCUUUACCCAGAGCUUCUUGAUGCAUUGAGUGACUUGGUCCGCUCCAACCGCUCCAACGAAUACCUGAACGCAGUCUACCUGUUCCUGAGCAACCAAGGACACACCCACAUCACCAUGCACCUGCUGUACAACUCCUCCAGUGACUCCAUGAUGACCGCGUCUGGACACCACCGCAAACUCGUCAAGGAGCUGAAUCCGUUGUUGCGCAACACUCUGGUGAAGCUCCACCCACUGUGGGCAGAAGCUGAACUCUUACCAAUGACCCUGCUGGAGAAAGGUCACGUGAUGGAGUGCUUCCUGGAUGAGAUGACAAGGGAGGGGUUCUACCCGGACCGUACCAACGUUGAGAGGCUGGCGGGGGAGAUAGAGUACUACCCUGUGGUAGGGGGCCACGUGUAUGCCAGGACAGGUUGUAAACAGGUGGUUGCUAGGGUCAACCUGCUAUGAGAGACUUAGAACCGCAGUGGAAUGUGAUUAAAUGAGAGAUGUCUCCUGAGAAAAGACAGUUCUGGUCCAUAGCCUUUUGCUGUUUCUUAUGAUCCACCAAGAAAACAUAACCAACGUUACUAGGCAGAACCCAUCCUUGAAAUGUUUUUUAAAUUAAAAGGUGUAUGUCUGAGAA